AUCACAGAGUGAGAGAGAGAGAGAGACAGAUUAGAGAGACUGACAGAACCAAAAUUUGCGAAUAAUCUAACCACCACGACCACACCAGCUGAAUUGAAGAACCUGGCUUCUUUUUUUUUUGGGUGAAGAAGAUGAAGAAGAUGAAUUAAUGGGUGGUGGUGGUCGGCUUUGCUUCUUUAUUUAUAUAAAGAAGAUAAAGAUCUGCAGGAAAUGAUCUUCAAAGUUCCAAAACAGGAAAUGAAAUGUUUGAGGGGAAUAUUCAGGCUAUUGUAUGAGGUUUUGUCUUCCAGUUAUUAAAGAUGGACCUUCAGAUAUGCACAGAGUUAGAUGAUCCACAGCAGAUGCUUCCACCUCCACCUGGAACUUUUGUGGAUCGUGACGAACUCAUUCAACAUGUUGGGGACUUUGCUGUAUCACAGGGAUAUGUUGUAACUAUCAAGCAGUCUAAGAGGGAUAGAGUAGUUAUCCUUGGCUGUGACAGAGGAGGUGUUUAUCGUAACAGGCAGAAACAUAUGGAUGAGUCCUCCAGUGAACAUAGCCGCAGGAAAAAAACAGGUUCUCGGCUGACAAAUUGUCCUUUUGAGGCUGUAGGUAAAAAGGAUGAUGGCUUGUGGGUACUUACCAUAAAAAAUGGAACACACAACCAUGAACCCUUGAAGGACAUUUCAGAACAUCCCUCUGCUCGUCGUUUCUCUGAGAGAGAAGUUUUACUAAUUAAAGAGAUGACAGAAUCUGGAUUAAAACCUCGCCAAAUUCUAAAGAGAUUAAGACAAAGCAAUCCGGAUCUUUUAUCAACUCCGAAGCAUGUUUAUAAUGUUAAAGCAAAGCUUCGACAAGGAAACGUGGCAGUUAGAAACUUCAAGUCUUUGAGCACACAGAAAUCUUUUGUAAGAAACAAUUACUCUGCAGUUACGGAACCAUCUUGGAGGCAGUGCAACCCCCAGAGAGUUCCCAAUCUCAUAGGAGGCAGAUUUGUUGAUUCACAGUCAUUUACCUCCAUCGAUGUUCUAAACCCUGCAACGCAGCAAGUUGUUUCACAAGUUCCUUUAACAACAAAUGAGGAGUUCAAAGCUGCAGUGUUUUCAGCAAAACGUGCUUUUCCAUUGUGGCGAAAUACUCCUAUUACUACUCGUCAGCGCAUUAUGUUUAAGUUCCAAGAGCUAAUUCGGAGAGACAUUGAUAAGCUUGCUAUGUGCAUUACAAGUGAACAUGGAAAGGCAUUGAAGGAUGCAUACGGUGAUGUCUUACGUGGGCUAGAGGUGGUGGAACAUGCUUGUGGACUGGCAAUGCUGCAGAUGGGGGAGUUUGUUUCCAAUGUAACCAAUGGAGUUGAUAGCUUUAGCAUUAGAGAGCCACUCGGUGUUUGUGCUGGGAUUUGCCCUUUUGACUUUCCAGCCAUGAUUCCCUUAUGGAUGUUCCCUAUCGCGGUCACAUGUGGCAAUACAUUUAUUCUAAAGCCAUCAGAGAAGGAUCCAGGGGCUUCUGUGAUGCUUGCAGAAUUAGCAACUGAGGCUGGUUUACCUAAUGGUGUGCUAAACAUUGUCCAUGGCACUGAUGAUAUUCUCAAUGCUAUUUCUGAUGAUGAUGAUAUUAAAGCUAUCUCAUUUGUCGGACCGAAUGCAGCUGGUGCUUACAUAUAUUCACGAGCAUUGGGUACAGGGAAACGCAUUCAGUCCAAUGUUGGGGCCAAAAAUCAUGCAGUUGUUCUGCCUGAUGCAAGCAUGGAUGCUACUUUGAAUGCUCUAGUUGCUGCUGGUUUUGGUGCUGCAGGACAAAAGUGUAUGGCACUCAGUACAGUUGUUUUUGUCGGAGGCAUAAGUCUAUGGGAAGAUAAACUAGUGGAGCGUGCCAAAGCACUUAAGGUUAAUGCUGGAACAGAACCAGAUGUAGACCUUGGUCCAGUGAUUAGCAAGCAGGCGAAGGAACAGAUAUGCAGAUUGAUUCAAACAGGUGUUGAAAGUGGUGCAAAACUGGUGCUUGAUGGUAGAAACAUUGUGGUUCCAGGGUAUGAGCGUGGAAACUUCAUUGGUCCCACCAUCUUAUCUGAUGUUACCGCUGACAUGGAGUGUUAUAAGGAGGAAAUUUUUGGCCCUGUUCUUCUUUGUAUGCAGGCUGGCAGCAUCGAAGAGGCUAUAAACAUUGUCAACAAAAAUAAAUAUGGCAAUGGAGCUUCUAUUUUUACAACUUCUGGUGUGGCUGCAAGAAAAUUCCAGACCGAGAUUGAAGUUGGCCAGGUUGGCAUAAAUGUUCCUAUAUCAGUUCCAUUGCCCUUUUCCUUAUUUACUAGCUCCAGGCCAUCUUUUGCUGGUGAUCUUAGUUUUGAUGGCAAAGUUGGACUUCAAUUUUACACCCAGAUCAAGACUGUGACUCAACAAUGGAAGGAUUUACCGGAGUGACGGAGCCAGAAUGUUGGAGUGGAUUUCAUAGAGAGGAUGUUGGACAUUGAUUUGGGGCUCAUAUUUUAGUCCAUAUGGGAUCUUAUUAUUAGCAAGCCAGAAUGUUUUACUGAUAAAUGUCUAUCUGUACAUAGAUGUCCUUAUAAUUAAAUUAUAUUUUAGAGUUUACUAAAAAAAAACAUUAGAGUUAAAGAGUGGAUCAAUAAGGACAAGGUUCAACAGCAGUCUCGUUUUCAAUCAUGGUUGCUGGUUUC